CUUUCCUCUUUUAAAAAAAAUACUUAUCAUACAUUUGUUAAACAGGAAAAAAGAAAUUAUUCCCAUCUUUAUCUGUUUGAGCUGGAGCUGUUGUUGUUAGCCUGAUGGUUCAUUGGAGCUAGCGCCCCAUCACGAGCUAUUUUGAUAUAUAAGUUACAUAUAAAUGUUGGAAACUGGUAAAUUAUACUAGUAGUUAUAUUUAUAAAUAGUUUUUCUCGAAUAUGAAGUGGCAGUAGCGGUGAAAAAGCAAGCAAAAACCCCCAAUCCCCAAUGCCCAGAUUCCUCACGCAGCCACUCAUAGCAACCUUUGGUUCUGCAGCACCACCUUAGUUGCAUAUCUCCUUUGAAAAUACCCAGAAACCCAUAUCUCAAAAUCCUCUCUUGUUCAGCAAAUCAUGAAAAGGGAACACCCCAAUCUCCAUCCUCGGUUAGACCCAGCUGGUGUUGGAAGCUCUUCUUCAACUGGGUAUCCUACCAUGGCAAAUAACACCUAUUUCAAUGAAGUUAACACUUGCAAAGGCAAGAUUUGGGAAGACGAAGAAGCUAAAGGAGAUGGCGGUAUGGAUGAGCUACUGGCUGUUUUGGGUUACAAAGUUAGGUCAUCGGAUAUGGCCGAAGUGGCUCAAAAACUUGAACAACUUGAAGAAGUUAUGGGUAAUGUUCAAGAAGAUGGACUUUGUCAGCUUGCAUCUGAAACCGUUCAUUAUAAUCCUUCUGAUCUAUCUACUUGGUUGGAAAGUAUGCUUUCUGAACUUAACCCAAAUCCCAAUUUUGAUCCUUCCCAACAACCUGAUUCAUUUUCCGCUCCUCCUCCCGAGUCUUCCACUAUAACUUCUAUCGAUUUUGACCAGAACCAAACUCAUCAUCUUCGACAACAUCAAAGCCAAGGACAACUACACAAAGCAAAGCAUAAUAGAGUCCUACUGUAUGAAGAAUCUUCAUCUUCAGAUUACGACCUCAAAGCAAUUCCAGGUAAGGCUGUUUUUGCCCAAACUCAUAUAGAUUCUUCUGCUUCCUCCUCAUCCUCAUCAUCUCGAGAUCCCAAGCGCUUGAAACCCACAACCACAACCACAAAUCCAUACUCAUCAGCACCAGUAGCACCGCCAGCAACUGUAACUGAGCCAACAACUCGACCCGUAGUCCUAGUUGACUCGCAAGAAAAUGGAAUCCGACUCGUUCACCUCCUAAUGGCAUGUGCAGAAGCUGUUCAACAAAACAACCUAACCCUAGCAGAGGCCCUUGUCAAGCAAAUCGGUUUCUUGGCGGUCUCUCAAGCCGGAGCUAUGCGUAAAGUCGCUACUUACUUUGCAGAAGCGUUAGCUCGAAGAAUUUAUAGACUUUAUCCCCAGAGUCCAAUCGAUCAUUCUCUCUCCGAUAUUCUUCAGAUGCACUUUUAUGAGACCUGCCCUUAUCUUAAAUUCGCUCAUUUCACUGCUAAUCAGGCAAUUCUCGAAGCUUUUGAAGGUAAAAAGAGAGUCCAUGUUAUUGACUUUUCUAUGAAUCAAGGUAUGCAGUGGCCUGCUUUAUUGCAAGCUUUAGCUCUCAGACCUGGUGGUCCGCCUGCUUUCCGAUUAACCGGAAUUGGGCCGCCUUCCCAUGAUAACUCGGACCAUCUUCAAGAAGUGGGUUGGAAAUUGGCUCAGUUAGCAGAGACUAUACAUGUUGAGUUUGAGUAUAGAGGGUUUGUUGCUAAUAGUUUAGCUGAUCUUGAUGCUUCCAUGCUUGAACUCAGACACACUGAGUUCGAAUCGGUUGCUGUUAACUCAGUUUUCGAGUUGCAUAAAUUAUUAGCUAGACCUGGUGCUAUUGACAAGGUUCUUUCAGUGGUUAAGCAAAUGAAACCGGAAAUUGUUACUAUCGUUGAGCAAGAAGCGAACCAUAAUGGACCGGUUUUCUUGGACCGGUUCACCGAGUCAUUGCAUUAUUACUCAACUCUGUUCGACUCGUUGGAAGGAUCAGUGAGUACUCAAGAUAAGGUUAUGUCAGAAGUGUAUUUAGGUAAGCAGAUUUGUAAUGUUGUGGCAUGUGAAGGAGCGGACAGGGUGGAAAGACAUGAGACAUUAACUCAGUGGCGAACUCGGUUGGGAUUGGCUGGGUUUGCUCCGGUUCAUCUUGGAUCAAAUGCGUUUAAGCAAGCAAGCAUGUUGUUAGCUUUAUUUGCCGGAGGGGAUGGAUAUAGAGUGGAUGAGAAUAAUGGGUGUUUGAUGUUGGGGUGGCAUACUCGGCCGCUCAUAGCCACCUCUGCGUGGCGGCUGGCGAGCAAACAAGUAGUUUUAGCUCAGUGAGUUAAAACGGGCGAGUCAGGGUCAACUCCAUUUCAACAUCAUCCAACCCUAGUGGAGAUUGCUGUAGUAAUUGUGAUAUGCCGAGCUGGUCAUGGGUGAAACUGAGACCCACCACUCUCUCAGUGUCUCUUGCACUUAUGUUUUUCCUUUUUUUCUUUUUUUUUUUUUACUUUUGGUUCCUUUAGCUAUUUUAUUUUUCAGUUCUUUUCGUGGUGGUUGUUUCUUUUUUCUUAAAUUUUGGGGGUUUUCUUUAGGGAUGUGUAGUUAAACAUGAAAAAUAGUUUGGUGGUAAUAAGAACUAAUAAAAGAUAGAACUUGGAAGAA